AAGAGAAUUUGAUUUCGCUCCAAGAAAUCUGAAAUGUGAAGACAAAACCAAGAAAACAAUUGCAUUUGGUGCUUCCCAAAACAUUCUUCUUUCCAGAUUUGAUUUCUUUUCUUUCUGAAUUUUUUUGAUUAAUGCCAGAGAUCUGCAAUUCAUCCAUUAACCGAAGAAUCCAUGGAAGCAUCUAGUUCCCAAGUCCCUUCCUUUGCUCAGACUCAGACGGAGAUUAACUGGGAAAAGCUUGACAAGACUAGGUUCUAUUUUUUAGGAGCCGGCAUCUUUACAGGGCUUACAGUAGCAUUGUACCCUGUCUCGGUCAUAAAAACCAGACUUCAGGUUGCUUCAAAAGACACUAUUGAGAGAAGUGCAUUUUCAGUUGCCAGAGGCAUUUUGAAAACAGAUGGAAUUCCUGGUCUGUAUAGAGGGUUUGGGACAGUCAUCACUGGUGCGGUUCCUACUAGGAUUAUUUUCCUAACAGCAUUGGAGGCCACAAAAGAAGCUGCUUUCAGAAUGGUUGAACCAUUUAAAUUAUCGGAACCUACACAAGCAGCCAUAGCAAAUGGAAUUGCUGGCAUGACAGCUGCACUUUUUUCUCAAGCUGUCUUUGUUCCAAUUGAUGUGGUAAGCCAAAAGUUGAUGGUACAAGGAUACUCAGGCCAUGCAAGGUAUAAUGGGGGACUGGAUGUUGCUCGUAAGAUUAUAAAGGCUGAUGGAAUUCGGGGAUUAUACCGAGGGUUUGGUCUAUCAGUUAUAACUUACUCUCCAUCAAGUGCUGUAUGGUGGGCAAGUUAUGGUUCAAGCCAACGCAUCAUCUGGAGUUUCUUAAGCAAGGACAAUGAUCUUGAGAAAGGUCCUCCUAGCCAGACGACAAUAGUGGGAGUUCAGGGUGCUGGAGGAAUUAUUGCUGGUGCAGCCGCUUCCUGCAUCACAACUCCAUUAGACACAAUUAAGACCCGUUUACAGGUGAUGGGGCAUGAGAAACGACCCUCUACAACACAAGUAGUGAAAAGUCUAAUUGCAGAUGAUGGUUGGAUAGGUCUAUACAGAGGGUUGGGUCCAAGAUUUUUCAGCAUGUCAGCGUGGGGAACUUCAAUGAUAUUAGCCUAUGAAUAUCUGAGUAAGGAUACUUUCCUUUCAUGCAAGAUUUUUUUAUAGUGAACCAUGCCCUAGUCCUAUAGUUAAUUUUGCACCUGCCUCACCUUAACUCUCACACGUUCUAAAUGCAUGUUUACUGGAAUCUUUAGAUUGUUCUUGUUCUUAAAAGCUGAUCACAGUCUAAGAAUAUCUUCAUCUUCAAUUCAGAGCGCUUGUGUGCAAAAGAUUCAUAGGUAUGGUCAACUACGCCACACAGCUUUGGUUCUUUUGUUUAAUGAUAGAGAGCCACGUCAAAAGCGGCUAAGGAUUCAUUAUAGUUGCCAAUAAUUUGCUAGAUGAUGUGAACAAGGAUUAUUUCCUUCCAAUCUCCAGAUUCAGAAAAACUCAGCUAUUCUCCAGCAAUUUCUUGUAUCAUUUUAGAACAGCCUACUUCAUGGUUAUAAAGUCUGUAUUUCUUACUCAUAAUUCUUUCUAGAAGAAACCUUGGAUCCAGCCACGCCACAACUAGUGGGGGCUUGAUUUUGUAUUGAUUCUUUAUAAUAAAAUUGUGAUCCGUUACAUUCAUAGCAAGUAUAUAAAUGUUAAAUUUGUGA